GGUGGCAUCAUUUUGAACAACUAUUAUGUGUCGCCCAUAUGUUCGCCAUCGAGAAGUGCUAUCCUAACCGGUUAUCAUCCCAUCCAUACGGGUCUACAACACGAUGUCUUCUACGGCGCCGAACCCUUCGGAACACCUCUUCAGCACAAAAUGUUACCACAAUUUCUGAAGGGUUUGGGAUACGAGACACACGCUGUGGGCAAAUGGCAUCAGGGCUUCUUCCGCAGCGAAUACCUGCCGACGCGACGAGGCUUUGACUCGCAUUUCGGGUAUUGGACGGGACAUGAAGACUAUUGGGACAGGACUUCAGCGGAGAACUGGUGGGGCAUUGACUUCAGAGACAACGAAAAGCCGGCAAAUAUCACAGAAUAUGUGGGAUUGUAUUCAACGGAUAUCUACACGAAUAAAGCGAUUGAUAUAAUCAAGAGAAGCGCCAAUUCAUCGAAACCAUUGUUUCUGUAUUUAGCGCAUCAAUCGGUUCACGCGGGCAACGGUCGCCAACCCCUUCAGGCGCCGCAACCAUAUAUCGAUAGAUUCAAGACUAUUGAAGACAUAAGAAGGCGGACAUUCGUGGGGAUGGUGUCAGCGCUGGACGACUCGGUGGGCGAAGUGUUUGCCGCCCUUCAAACGGCAGACUUAUUGAAUGAAACCAUAAUUAUAUUCACUACCGAUAACGGAGGCGCCACUGGGGGUGCAGUUCCUGGUGUUAGCAUUGAUGGCAGUAUUGGAUCAAAUUGGCCGCUAAGAGGUGCAAAAUAUACAUUAUAUGAAGGAGGCAUUCAUGCCAUUGGUUUCGUAUGGAGUCCACUGUUGAGGAAGAAAUACAUUAGCGAACACUUAAUACAUGCCACCGAUUGGUUACCCACUAUAUAUAGCGCAGCCGGUGGUCAACCCAAAGACCUGGGACCCAUUGAUGGCAUAGAUAUGUGGGAUAUUCUUAACGACAACUUAGCUAAUCCUCGUAAACAAUUGUUGCAUAAUAUCGAUCCCAUUUGGGGUGUCUGGGCGCUCAGGUAUGGAGACUACAAACUAAUAUCGGGAACAGUUUUUAAUGGAGACUUUGACGGCUGGUUUUUGCCACCCGGAGAAGCGAAUAAUACUGACGAUUAUAAUAAUUCAAUAGACAAUCAAGUGCUAUUAUCCAUCAAAUAUAAAGAUUCAAAAGUUUUCAAAGUAUUAAAGCAAAGAAAUAUCGAAACAAUAGAAGUGAAGAAAAUAGUCUUGAAAUGCAAUUCCUCUCUGAAGACAGAGUGUGUGCCGACAGUAAAGCCGUGUCUUUUCGACAUUAAGUCAGAUCCGUGUGAAUACAAUAAUAUAUUUCAACUAAAGCCCGAUAUUGUCCAACAAAUGCUGGAAUUAUUGAGUGUUUAUAAUGCGAGUGCUAUCUCACCCGGCAAUCAACCAAAUGAUAAACAGGCAAAUCCUAAACCUAAUAUUGUAUUUAUUUUAGCCGAUGACUUAGGUUGGGGAGACGUCAGUAUUCACGGCUCCAAUCAGAUUAAGACACCAAACAUUGAUCUAUUGGCGAGUAAUGGCAUCAUUUUAAACAACUAUUAUGUUUCGCCGAUAUGUAGCCCAUCGAGGAGUGCACUCCUCACGGGCUACCAUCCCAUUCACACCGGCUUUCAACAUAAUGUCAUUUAUAACGCCCAGCCCUGGGGUCUACCCCUUCAGUUCAAAACACUGCCGCAAUACUUGAAACCAUUUGGUUACUCGAGCCAUAUUGUGGGCAAAUGGCACUUAGGCUUCUUUAAGAAGGAGUAUUUGCCUACAAAACGAGGAUUUGAUUCUCACUUUGGCUUCUGGUCGGGACAUACAGACUAUUACGACAGGACCGAUGACUUAGGUUGGGGAGACGUCAGUAUUCACGGCUCCAAUCAGAUUAAGACACCAAACAUUGAUCUAUUGGCGAGUAAUGGCAUCAUUUUAAACAACUAUUAUGUUUCGCCGAUAUGUAGCCCAUCGAGGAGUGCACUCCUCACGGGCUACCAUCCCAUUCACACCGGCUUUCAACAUAAUGUCAUUUAUAACGCCCAGCCCUGGGGUCUACCCCUUCAGUUCAAAACACUGCCGCAAUACUUGAAACCAUUUGGUUACUCGAGCCAUAUUGUGGGCAAAUGGCACUUAGGCUUCUUUAAGAAGGAGUAUUUGCCUACAAAACGAGGAUUUGAUUCUCACUUUGGCUUCUGGUCGGGACAUACAGACUAUUACGACAGGAGUUCCGGAGAGAAACCCAAUGGCAUUGACUUCAGACACAAUGAAAAACCUGUCACUUUGGAUAACUAUAAAGACAUGUAUUUGACGGAUAUUCUGACAAAUAAAUCCAUUGAUAUUAUUAUGAACAGCAGACAGACACCUGAAAAGCCGCUAUUUCUACUCAUAUCUCACAAUGCAGUCCACGCGGGACUUAAGAGGAAUUCACUUCAAGCGCCAGAAGAAUAUGUCAAUCGAUUCAAACACGUGAAGGACAGCAGAAGACAAAAAUUCUGUGCAAUGGUCUCAUCUCUGGACGAUUCCGUUGGACACGUAUUCUCUGCCCUCAAAAAGGCAAACAUCAUAAACAACACAAUCGUUAUAUUCUCGACUGACAACGGAGGGGCUACCGGAGGAACUGGCGGUUGGAGUAUUGAUAACAGCAUCGGGUCUAAUUGGCCGCUUAGGGGCUCCAAGUACACACUUUUUGAAGGUGGUGUCCGUGCUUUCGCUUUCAUUUGGAGCCCACUAUUGAAGAAAGUGUAUGAAAGCAAUCACUUGAUGCACAUCCAGGACUGGUUGCCUACUAUUUAUAGUGCAAUCGGUGGUCAAAUUGGGGAUUUGGGUCCAAUCGAUGGCAUAGACAUGUGGAAUAUUCUUAAAGACAAUUUAGAGACUACACGACAAUUGCUUUUGCAUAACAUCGACCCUCGUUGGAAAUUAUGGGCGCUUAGGUUCGGUGAUUAUAAGUUGUUGUCCGGCCAUAUAUAUAACGGUCAGUUCGAUAAAUGGUAUUUACCUCCCGGUGAAGACUCCGAGCCAAAUAUUAAACCCAUUGAACAUCAAGAUCUGAAUCACACG